GUCUGAGAAAGAGAAGAAGUGCCAAGGAGAAGAUCGGUUUAAGGAAAAAUAAAACGUGACGAGAGAGGACACGUGGAAACUGAUAACUAACGGAAGAUGGAGUCCUCACAGGAAGAAACCUUAGUGAAUGUUUAUACAAUACACGAGGGAUGCAGAUUCAAGGUAAACCUCGUCGCCGUCGACGUUCUCCGGCGAGGACGAGCGUACGGUACGGCGACGAAGAGUGUGAGCAACUCCCUCGGCUGCCUCUCCUUUCUGUCAUCGCCGUCACAAAUAAUCAACCCCUGGAGCACCAAUCACUCAGGUCAAGCUGCCUCUGGCAACGGCAGCGUGACUCGGGAGACGACCGAGUCGGAAGGUUUGUACGAGGAGCAACUUCAGAGUCUCGCUGUAUCAGCGGCUUCUUGGACGACAGGUUCAGUGUGUUCCGUACAGAGAUGGUUAUGGGUCGGAGUCACCUGAUGAAACAUCAUUUUUGUGUGGACCAGUGACUCAAUAGAGCCUGGCCAGGGGCACCACUUGAAUUAUGGCAUUUAUGGGUGAGAUUCAGCUGGCAUUUAACAGUUUUUUUGGACUCGGUCCGGACGAAGAUAUUUCUCAACACGGGACUAAGAUAUUUCUGAACACUGGACGAAGAUACUUCUUAACACCGGACGAAGAUACUUCUGAACACCGGACGAAGAUACUUCUCAACACGGGACUAAGAUAUUUGUGAACACCUGACGAAGUUACUUCUCAACACUGGACGAAGAUAAUUGUGAAUCCCGGAUGAUGAUAGAUACGUUUUGAAAAGAACGUUUGUGAGCAUGUAGAAGAUGUGUAUGUUUAUUGUAUUGUGACUAGUUUGUGAUGCCUGUGUUAUCCCAGUGGAGUUAGAAUAUUGUAAUAAUGAUGUUAAUUUGUUUAGCUAUAGAAUUGAUCAAGUUUUAUUUGUUUUUGGCAGUGUUAGUGUAGAGUAAUUAUAAAGAUAACGAAAGUAAUAAUGUUUCUCCAUACCGACGAAGUAAAGAUGGAGAACGGAUUUGCAAGUCGAUGCGUAUCGACAACGAAAAUAUCCGAGACGUCGCGUGCGAUCACGGGGCAUUUGUAACGUUUUGCCGAGAAGAUUGGCAUCGUAGACACGUUGCAAAUAGAUUGUAGCAUUUUCAAUUUGAUUUGAUUUUGAAUUUUGGCAUUGAUAUCAUUAUUGGGGGUUAAAAUGUUUUUCAAAAGUGUAAAUAAUCACGGGAUGGGCGAAACAGUGGAAAGUAUAGGCGGCAAAUUGUCGACACGGCUUCCGAUCUUCCAUCCGUUAGUUUUGUAGUGCGUCUCAAAUUGAAAAGGACCGCGGCAGGCGCUCCGACCGUAAUUGUCGGACGAAAGGGAUAGCGGGCAAAAGUUGUGGGGCAUUUAUGUAGUAGAGUACAUAUAAAGGGGGGGGAGACGAGCGAAUACGUGGCGUGUGGAUAUCCAUUUGAUAAUUGUAUAUGUUAUUUAGAGUGUGUGAGAGGCGAAGAUUAUGUAAUUUGUAAAUUAGUAAUAGGUAUACUGUAAAGUGAAGUUUAUUGUAUAUUUAGGUGAUCGGUGCACUAUAGUGUAAGUAAUACGUCGUCGUCGUUUGUUCCUCCUCGUGAAACAUCUCCAGCAUUACUUGUCGUAGCACAAACACUAGUACCGUCACCAAGAUCAUUAUUAGGUUAUACACGACAAUCGGGUCCAAGUGCUGCACGUGUUUGAGUUGAAGAACCACUAUUUCUAAGAGGAUUUGCACCAGCACCCUAUUUGAAGUUAAUAAUACUGUAAUAAUAAUAAUAAUUAACGGUUUAUUGAAAAAAGUUUGCAGCCCGAAGGCUGAAAAUAUACAUUGGACAUAAAUGACUUA